AUGGCCGCGGUGGUCCGGAGCGUGUGGCAGGGCAUCAGGGAGAAGGGCCUCACCAACUUCCUCCGCCACGCCCGCGAAGAGGGAUACCUAAAAUGCCUUGGGGACGGAAACCUAUUGCAAACCAAAAUUCACAACAUUGGUGCAACCCUUGUAGGAGUUGACACUUUUGGAAACAAGUACUAUGAGAAACUACAUGACACUCAGUAUGGAAGGCAUAGGUGGGUAGAGUAUGCGGACAAGGGUCGCUACAAUGCAUCCCAAGUGCCUGCUGAAUGGCAUGGAUGGCUGCACCACAUUACAGACAGCACUGGAGAUAAGCUGCUGGAGGAGAAGACUAAAAAGUUCAUUAGGGAGCACAGACAGAACUACACCGGACAGGGUGACGACUUGAUCUACCACUCCAAGGGGCAUGCUCUGAACCCAGGGCAAAGGGACUGGACAAGGUACCAGCCUUGGGAACCAAAGAAAGAAGAGGCCACCUGA